UCCGGGGAAGUCAAACCUCUCCUUUUUUUUUUUUUUUUUUUUUUUUUUUUUAUAUAACCUUUAAAUUAAUUUAGAAUCCAGAUAAGCCUUGAUCUGAGGAUGAUAUAACCACAGCAAGCAACAUGGGAACCUCUAGAAAAAUCAGAAAGACUUCACAAAACAUGGUGUGAUGUCUACUGGUGGAGACAGGCCACGAGGUCCAGAGAAGAAGGGGUGGCCUGAUCCAGGGACAAUGAAGAUGGAAUGCUGAAGAGUAAGGUGGAGGAAAGAAGCAACAGGCACCAUGGAAAAGACCAAAACAAAGCAAGGAGAGAAUGAACAUAUACCGAUGAAUAAUCCUUCCACACAGAUUUACCAGUUGCAGGCCUUGGCCUCUGAACUGAAAACUGGUUUCACAGAAGCAAUGCAAGAACUGUCCAGAAUUCAACAUGGCGAGUAUGCUUUGGAAGAGAAGGUUAAGAGUUGCCGAUGUUCCAUGGAAGAAAAAGUUACUGAGAUGAAGAAUUCGUUAAACUAUUUCAAGGAAGAGCUGAGCAAUGCCAUGUCAAUGAUUCAGGCCAUCACUUCCAAACAGGAAGAAAUGCAACAGAAAAUUGAACAGCUUCAGCAGGAAAAGCGAAGAGAAUCUCGGAAAGUUAAAGCCAAGAAAACUCAAAAAGAAGAACAUGGCUCACAGGCGGGGCCUGCUCAAGCACAAGGAAGUCCUUUCCGUUCAAUCAAUAUCCCUGAACCUGUUCUUCCAAGUGAAGACUUUACAAACCUUUUGACUUCUCAGGCCUAUGAAAAAGCUCAAGAGUCCCGAUCCAUGCAUGUAGGAGACAGUAAUGUGAAGGGGAUGAUGGGUCCUGGAAUGAACCCAACAACUCCUGAAGCGGAAGAAAACCUUAAGCCUUGUCUUUCGGCUGAUAUCCAGCCCAAGGGCCAUCUCUCAUCUGGUGUGUGGAGGCAGCCCAAGGAUGGUAAAGAAUGGGGAGAAGAAUAUGUCACGAAAGACCACCCAGAUAAACUCAAGGACGCUGGCCAGCCCAGGCACAGUUCUCUGGAAAAUGUUUUAUGCGAAACCUCUUUAGCUGCUAAAAGACAGACCGUGGCUCUAGAACUGCUUGAAUCGGAAAGAAAAUACGUCAUCAACAUCUCUCUGAUCCUGAAGAUCAAGGCAACGUUCCAAGGGUCAGAUGGAAAGAGGAAUUCCAAAGAGAGAAGCCUCUUCCCUGGUUCUUUACGGUACCUUGUCCAGCAGCACCUCGAUUUGCUCCAUGCUCUGCAGGAAAGGGUCUUGAAGUGGCCACGCCAAGGAGUUCUUGGAGAUUUAUUCCUUAAAUUAACAAAUGAUGAGAAUAAUUUCUUGGAUUAUUAUGUUGCCUACCUGAGGGACCUACCUGAAUGCAUCUCUUUGGUUCAUGUUGUUGUUCUGAAGGAGGGUGACGAAGAGAUUAAAUCUGACAUCUACACACUGUUUUUUCACAUAGUCCAGCGCAUCCCUGAAUACCUGAUACAUCUGCAGAAUGUCCUGAAGUUCACAGAGCAGGAACACCCUGACUAUUAUCUACUUCUGGUGUGUGUUCAGCGCCUUCGAGUAUUUAUCUCGCAUUACACCCUGCUGUUUCAAUGCAAUGAGGAUUUGCUUAUUCAGAAACGGAAAAAGCUCAAGAAGUCAUCCAUGGCGAAGCUGUACAAAGGCCUGGCUUCCCAGUGUGCAAACACUGGACAAGAUGCUUCCCCCACUGCAGGCCCUGAGGCUGUCCGCGACAGCGGGAUCCACUCAGAAGAGAUGCUGCAACCCUACCCUUCUGCUCCCAGCUCUGGCCCUGCUGUCACACAUUUGAUGCCUCCAGUGAAGAAAAGCCAACAACAGCAAAGCUUGAUGGAGAGCAUGCAGCCCGGGAAGCCCAGCGAGUGGGAGAUGGAGGGCAGAAAGCACGAGAGGCCCGAGAGCCUCCUGGCGCCAGCGCAGUUCUGUGCAGCCGAGCAGGACGUGAAGGCGCUGGCCGGGCCCCUGCAGGCCAUCCCCGAGAUGGACUUCGAGCCCUCGCCCGCCGAGCCGCUGGGCAACGUGGAGCGCUCCCUGCGGGCCCCGGCCGAGCUCCUGCCCGACGCCCGCGGCUUCGUGCCCGCGGGCUACGAGGAGUUCGAGUACGGCGGCGAGAUCUUCGCGCUGCCCGCGCCGUACGACGAGGAGCCGUUCCAGGCCCCGGCCCUCUUCGAGAACUGCUCGCCCGCCUCUUCCGAGUCCAGCCUGGACAUCUGCUUCCUCCGGCCCGUCAGCUUCGCCAUGGAGGCCGAGCGGCCCGAGCACCCUCUGCAGCCGCUGCCCAAGAGCGCCACGUCGCCUGCGGGCAGCAGCGGCGCCUACAAGCUGGAGGCGGCGGCGCAGGCGCACGGCAAGGCCAAGCCGCUGAGCCGCUCGCUCAAGGAGUUCCCGCGCGCGCCGCCCGCCGAGGGCGUGGCCCCGCGCCUCUACACGGCCGCAGCCCGCGGCGCGCCCAGGACCUUCUUCCCCCAACAGAGGUCCCAAAGCGAAAAGCAGACCUAUUUGGAAGUAAGGAGGGAGAUGCAUUUAGAAGAUACCACCAGAUUCUGUCCAAAGGAAGAAAGAGAGAGCGAACAGACCUCUUUCAGCGAUCAAAACCCCAGGCAAGACCAGAAAGGGGGCUUUCGCAGCUCCUUCCGCAAGCUCUUUAAAAAGAAGUCCAGUGGAUCAGAAUACAGGGAAAAAACUAAUGAGAAUCCCUCAAUGGAUCCUUCACCCACCAAACAAGAUUUCUUCAGAAACCGACUUGCUCUUGCAAAUGACCUUGACCAAGGAACAGCUGUGUAAAACAUACUUAAAGUUGUAUUGUCAAGUGGUAAGAUGAGGGUAAAAAGCUUGUAUAUAUCUGUGUAGGAAUAUAUAUAUACAUAUAUAUAUAUAGAUGUAUAAGUCCCUGAGGAAAACUAAUAUAAAUACUUACAUAUGAAGCUAAAUCAACAUACAAGGCAUUGAAGAGAUGAAGAUUAGUCUGUGGUUGAGAGCUUGCUUUUUGAACUUCAGCACUUGGGAACAGGGAAACGAAGACUUUUCACAGCAUUAUAGAAACACAAUAAAUUUGGAGGAAAAUAAAUGUUUGUAAGAACAAAAACUUCCAACUUGAAGUCAUUCCCCCCAGUAUAAAAUUGAGCGUGUAACAUGGAUGUGAAUUUUAUGCUUCCUAGGCAUUUACCUUAUUAAUUCAUCCCAAUGUUCUUAGGCUAAUAUACACGAUGUUAGGGGCCAGUUCUGUCUUGCUAUAUGUCUUCCCCAAAGCAAUACCCAACAUCCCUUAAGGCAAAGGAUCAGUAAAGAGUUGUAUUUUACGUGUUGCCAAUCUGAGUUGUGGAGAAUUUGUGCUUAAACCAUGACAUAGAAGGUUCAAGGGUUAUAGACACACUGGUCUCUAAACGGGAAGAGAACCAGAAGAGUAGUAUUUCUCUCUCUGUGGCUAUGAGAAUCAGUACAGGGAACAGUGAUUUCUCUUGAGCCUGGGAGGCCAAAGAAACAUUUUCACUUGUGUGAGUUGUGCUGCAGAUGAGAAUAGUCUAGAGUCUAUGUGUUAUUGAGUUCUCAGGAUUCAGAGACACAUUAGUGAUCCUGAGUGUCACAUACACUCAUAAGCAGAUGGGUUGGGGGAAAAAAAACACUUAUUUAGCUAUGUCCUCUUUUAAAAGACUUUCUUCAGUCUGGAAAGAAGGUGGCAACAACAUCAGUGCUUUAAUAGCACAUGCACAGCAGUUGCUACAAAACACCGGAACAGGAUGAAAAUUUAGGGCUGGUAAGACCUUGUUCUGUUUUCCAGAAGUAAGCUGUUUAAAAAAAAAAAAAAAACAACAACACAAAAAACAGAGUUCUUAACAGCUCAGACAGA